AUGGAGAUAGACAAUAAUAGCAAUAACAACGAUAACAAUAACAAUAACAAUAAUAAUAAUAACAAUGCAACACCAAUGACAACUACAACAUCUGGCAAUGAUGAUUUAUAUAAAUUAUCAAGGGAGUUGAGAGGUCAUGAGAAGGAUGUUCGAGCUGUUAUAGCACUAUAUGAUGGUAGGAUAGUGUCUGGUUCGAGAGACAACACUGUACGCGUAUGGGAUAUCUUCAAGUCACAGAAUCAAGAGGCUACAUCUAUUGUGUUGCAUGCUCAUCAACACUUUGUUGGCGCACUCACUCAACUGAAACCAAACGAGUUGCUCCAACAGAGAUUGUUUGCCUCUGGUGGCAACGACAAGAUGAUCUGUGUCUGGGACAAGAAUGCUGUGCCCCGUGGUGACAGCGGCAUUCCCUCUGGCUCGCCCAUCCUCAUGCUUCUCGGACACACCGACUCAGUGUCCACUCUCGGCACCACCCACGACGGACUGUUGAUCUCUGGCAGUUGGGAUAAGUCUGUAAGAGUAUGGGACAACAAUGAUUGUGUGUGUACAUUGGAGAAACAUGAGGCUGCUGUGUGGAGCGUGUUGGGCCUCCCUAAUGGAGACAUUGUCAGUGCCUCAGCCGACAAGAAGAUCAUUAUUUGGAAGCGUGUGCAGAAUGACACCAAGAUACAGUUCAUUCAGUACAAGGUGUUGACCAAGCACACUGACUGCGUGCGCGCCCUCUCGCUUAUCCCCGAAGUCGGCUUCAUAUCGGCCGCCAACGAUGGCAGCUUGAUCGUGUGGACAUUCGACGGUGAACCCCUGCAGGAGAUGACCGGCCAUCAGGCUUACGUCUACGGCGUGGUCUACAUCCCCAACUAUGGCUACGUGUCGUGCAGUGAGGACCGUUCAAUCAAGGUGUGGAAGGACGGAGCUUGCCACCAGACCCUUGCCCAUCCAUCGGGCGUGUGGUCGUGCGCGGUGCUGCUCAACGGCGACUUGGUCAGUGGCUGCGCUGAUGGCGUGGUCCGUGUGUGGACACGCAAUCCCACCCGUGUAGCUUCCGGUGCCGCCAUCGAGAACUACCUGCAGUCAGUGGCCGCUCAGGAGAUCUCGUCAGACAACGUCGGAGACAUCAAGCUCAACGAGCUACCGGAAGCAGCCGACGCCCUGCUCGCACCCGGCAAGAAGGACGGUGAGAUGAAGGUGGUUCGCUCAGGCAAGACGGCUGAGGCGCACCAGUGGUCGGCUGCCGAUCAGCGCUGGAUCAAGAUUGGCGACGUCAUUGACUCCAACGCCUCCAAGUCCAAGGCACUUCUAGACGGCAAGGAGUAUGACUAUGUGUUUGAUAUCGACGUCAACGAGGGCACAAUGUACAAGAUUGGCUACAACAAUGGCGAGAACCCUUGGACUGUGGCGCAGGAGUUCCUCUGGAAGAACGAUCUGGAUCAGUCGUGGCUGGAGGAGAUCACAAAGUUCCUCGUGCGCAAUGCCAACGCGCCAAGCAACAUGACCCUGGGUGCAGCCCAGCCCACAUACUCGGACCCAUUCACAGGAGGCAGUCGAUACGUGCCUGGCAGCGCACCCACUCACCAACCAGCGAGCACACCAUCCUUUGCCGAGAUACAGCCAAACAACUACAUACCCCAAGGCGUCUACACUUACUUUGACGCUGCCAACAGCGACAGUCUCGCCCCCAAGGCACUGGAGUACAGUCAGCAGCUCGCCGCCGACACCGCCACAAAGGCAUUGUCAUUGGACCUCGAGGAGAGGGAGGACGUCGUCUUUAAGAACAUCCUUUCCACGCUCAAAGACACUUCAAGAUAUCACUCAUCGACCUUUAGCGACGUACAGUACAAGACCCUGCUCAAGAUGUUGAAGUGGCCAGUCGACAAGAUCCUGCCAUUGCUCGAUGUUCUCCGCACGCUGAUGCUGCACUCUGGCGCCUCAAGAACCUUUGACCAGAUGAUUAACAUGAAGCAGUUCAACGUCGUGCAAGCCCUGUUGAACCUGCCAGCCACGGCUUCAGACAUCAACAACCAGAUGUUGAUUGCCAAGGUCUUCUGCAACAUGAUCCGACACGAGAACAUGAGACAACACGUUUACAACUAUAUGCCAGCCAUCCUUGACCGCCUACAUCCAUUCUACGAGACUGUUAGCAACAGCAAUGCUACCUUUGUUACCUCAUACUCUACACUUUUGUUAAACCUAUCAGUGUUGACUGUAUAUAAGAAGGACUUUAUUGCCAAGGAGAACGUGGACAAGUUGAUCAACUGUGUGUCAGCGAUGAUUGUCAAGGAGCAGACCAAUGCUGAUGUGGUCUUUAGAUUGGUGAUUGCCUUGGGCAGUAUAUUGAUCACAUUCAGACAACACAAAGUGAAGAAUGGCAAAGAGAUCGAAUCAAUCAUCCAAAAGAGCAGCGCAACCAAUGCCAAGCUCCAGGAGACCAGCACACUGGCUAUCAAAUUGUUGCAAUAA